AUGUUCCAAACCAGAGUAUUCACCUUCGGUGUUUUCUCUGACCAAGGCAAAGUCAAUACCAUCGUAGAUACCUUUAACACCUGGAAUGUUUUUGAUCAAAACCAAAGAAGCGUAAAUAUCCAAUUCUUUUCUCAAGGCAACGUUCAAGGAUUUGGCAGAUUUACCAGUAGAAGUAUACAAGAUACCUUUCAAACCAACCUUGUUUCUCUUCAAGGAUUCAACGGCUUCGUCAACACCGUGGUUCUUACCAGUUUCACUUUCAACACCACUGACUUCAACAACUUCCCAAUCAAUUGGAACUUUUUGGGAUUCAAAGAUUUGUUUGACAGAAUCGGUAAUUUCUUGACCAGCACCAUCCCCUGGAAUCAAGGUAACAGUGUAUCUACCACCGUAUUUCUUUGGUAA